GCCAUGGCGCUGGGUGACUGUUGGAAGCAGUUGUCCUGGUUUUACUACCAGUAUCUUCUGGUGACGGCGCUGUACAUGCUGGAGCCCUGGGAGAGGACGGUGUUCAACUCCCUGCUGAUCUCCGUGGCCGGCAUGGCCAUUUACACUGGAUACGUCUUCAUGCCGCAGCACAUCAUGGCUAUCCUGCACUACUUUGAGGUUGUCCAAUGACACGCUCCGUCCACCUGUAGGUCCCAUCUGUCCCUGGCUUCCUGUCCUUCAGCCCCCUGGCCUGUGUGCUUCCCGUCUCCUGGGCUCCAGGAGGGGAUUGUUUCCAAACUCCAACCACAUCGAGGCAGAACUUCUCCUGUCUUCCAGAGCGGAUUGAAUAUCCGAGGUCAGCCUCUUGCUCGAGGUCAUGUUGGAUGAUGUCAUGCUGUCAUUCCCCGGGACUGUUUCUUCUUCUCUGAAAUACUGUUGGGCUCAGAAGCAAGAACAGGACGUGCUUGAUUUUGUCUCGUGUUUUGUUUUUAUCUUCUUAAGUCAAGUACUCCUAACUGAUCUGUAAAGAUAUAAAUUAUAUGGAUGUCUGGUUGUGUGGAAUUGGUGGAUUCUUUUUAUAUUCCAUUAAUACAUCAAACCAUCGUUGUCUUAGAGCUCUGUGCAGCAUCAGGAAACGGUGACUGAUGGACCAAAUACUUUUCCUCUGUUUUAUGAGCCACAUAAGAUGAUUGGAGUGGGAUCAUAUCUCUAAAUGAGGCCUGGCUAAUUUUCAGCCUUCACCAUCAUUUUCCACUGCUUCAGUGUCGUAGACUGAGCGUUGGAAGGGGUUGCAGAUUAAAUUCAAGACAUUGGAGAUGAAAACAGUGUAGAAAAUGGGAAAAAAAUGUUUAUACUGUAGGCUUUCUUUGUUUUUCUGAACUUGUAAAUCUGAGUUUUCUUUGCAAAAUGCUUGAGAGUCACAGGAUGAAUCUUACCGGAGACAACAUAAAAUAUGUGUUCAGCUGACUUUUUCUGAACUUUGUGUGAUAUUUGCUUUUUCCUAUUGGAAAGUAAAUGAACCAGUUACUCUCUUCAGACCUCCAACAGGCGUAACAUGGAAAAUCACUUAAACAUCGCUUUGUUUAAAAAUGGUUGAGAACCAGCGUGCAGGAAGAGCUUUUCAGGCUGCACUUUGGGUCUCGCAUCAGACUGACCCCAACCAACACAUAUUUUUUUUAGAUUUUUGUAUUUAUUAUUUCUUCCUUUCAAAAUGCUGCAUCAAAAUGUCAUUGAAAGCACAGAAUGAGAGGUAACAGUGCUUGUUUAAUUUGGAGAACAGAAGGCAGGAGGUCAGAGAAAGUUAGCCUGGAGACUGCAGAAGGGCCAUCAGACACCUUCAGGUCUGAGGAGGCUUUGGGGUGGAACAGUCUUGAGUUGUUAAUGAUGUAAUUUGUCUUGAAAUGAACAUAAAAGACGUUUCCUUCAUAUUUAAAUAACAAGUCUUGAUGUUCAGCGUUUCUCGUUACCUGCAGCUUCCUGUAUUCCUGCGGCGCUCUGUUAAAGCUAACAGUGGUAGUUGUCGGGUGUCCUGGAUGAAGUGACACUUUAAAUGCAGAGUGGAGUCUUUAUGGAGGCACCAGUGUGAUGGAUGAUGGUGGUAAGCAGGUUGAAGAUGAAAGUGUUUUAGUCUGCAUAGCAUCAUUAAUGGUUUUAAGAUUUUGUGUAAUCAUAUUUGCUGAUAAGUGCUCCGAAUGCUACUGGUGUGCCCUUUUGAAACUUUGAUUAUUUUUCGUUGCAAAACUAUGUAUUUUCUCAACUUUGUGUAUAUAUUCUUGUAUACAUAUUUGUAAAGUUUUUUAGUCAAGAUGUUAGUGUUUGGAGUGAAAUAUUUGUGAACUACUUGUGAUAAAUUCUCCUGUAACUGAAAUAAUUAAAGAGAUAUUUCACCAAA